CUCCUGACUCGCUCCUUCCCGCCUCCAGAAGCGACGGGGACUUCUUGGGACGGGUCCCGCCGCAGAGGCGCCCCAGGAGCGAGGGCUCUCGCUGCCCUUCUGCCUCCAACGGGGAGGAGGGCGUCGGCGGAGCGGCUCGCCUCCUCCUCGGAGCCGAAGAGGAUGGAGAAAGGACUUGCUGGCUGCCUCCCGGGCUCCAGAGGAUGCUUUCGGAGCCCCUGAAGCGCCCCGGGAGGCGGUCAUGGGCGCGCCCCCCGACGGGAGCGGAGCCCCGGCUUCCUGACGCGCUCUGACCGCUUCCCGAGAGGAGCUCCCGGGCCAGGCAGGCAGGCAGACGAGGCGGGGCGCGCGCGGUGGAAGAUGCGAGCCGGGGCUUGGCUGGCCGGCUUCUCCGCGCUCAGCCUCCUCGCCUGCGGCAGCCCGCCUGUGGACGGCGCGAACGAGGCUGGAGCCGAGCCCCCGCCGCCCGCCCUCGCCCCCUCCCCGCCGCACCUCAUCUUCAUCCUGGCCGACGACCAGGGCUUCCGGGACGUGGGCUACCAUGGCUCCGAGAUCCGGACGCCCACCUUGGACCGCUUGGCCGCGGAGGGAGUGAAGCUGGAGAACUACUACGUCCAGCCCAUGUGCACGCCCUCCCGGAGCCAGUUCAUCACCGGCAGAUACCAAAUUCAUACAGGGCUUCAGCAUUCUGUCAUAAGGCCCACACAGCCUAACUGUUUACCUUUGGAUAAUGCAACACUACCUCAGAAGCUGAAGGAAGCUGGCUACUCAACCCACAUGGUUGGCAAAUGGCACUUGGGCUUUUACCGCAAAGAAUGUAUGCCCACACAACGGGGGUUUGAUACCUUUUUUGGCUCUCUCUUGGGCAGCGGCGAUUAUUAUACCCAUUACAAAUGUGACAGCCCUCGAAUGUGUGGCUACGACUUGUAUGAGAAUGACAAUGCUGCUUGGGAUCAUGACAAUGGCAUAUACUCCACACAGAUGUACACUCAAAAAGUGCAACAAAUCUUAGCCUCCCAUAACCCCAGAAAACCCAUAUUUUUAUACAUUGCAUACCAAGCUGUCCACUCACCACUUCAGGCUCCAGGCAUGUAUUAUGAACGUUACAGAUCAAUAAAUAAUAUAAACCGGCGCAGGUAUGCUGCUAUGCUGGCAUGCUUGGAUGAAGCUAUCAACAAUGUGACUCUUGCAUUAAAGAGAUAUGGUUAUUAUAACAACAGUGUUAUCAUUUACUCUUCAGAUAAUGGAGGGCAGCCAACAGCUGGAGGAAAUAACUGGCCUCUCCGAGGAAGCAAAGGAACUUACUGGGAAGGAGGGAUACGAGCGGUUGGCUUUGUUCAUAGUCCCCUACUCAAAAACAAGGGUUGUGUAUGCAAGGAGCUUAUACAUAUAACGGAUUGGUUUCCUACUUUGAUCACCUUAGCAGAAGGACAGAUUGAUGAGGACACCCUAUUGGAUGGCUAUGAUGUGUGGGAGACCAUCAGUGAGAGUAGACGUUCUCCCAGAAUGGAUAUUUUACACAACAUUGAUCCCAUCUAUACCAAGGCCAAAAAUGGUUCAUGGGCAGCUGGAUUUGGGAUAUGGAACACAGCAAUUCAGUCAGCCAUCCGUGUGAACCACUGGAAACUACUGACAGGAAAUCCAGGGUACAGUGACUGGGUCCCUCCUCAGUCAUUUAGCAAUGUAGGUCCUAGCCGUUGGCACAAUGAGCGGGUUUCAUGGACCGCUGGUAAAACGGUUUGGCUGUUCAACAUCACUGCUGACCCCUAUGAGCGAGUGGACCUUUCUAGUAAAUAUCCUGAUGUAGUAAAGCAGUUGCUGCGAAGACUUUCCCAAUUCAAUAAGACAGCUGUCCCGGUUCGAUAUCCACCUAAAGACCCAAGGAGUAACCCCAACUUUAAUGGAGGAGUCUGGGGGCCAUGGUUCAAGGAAGAGGAGAAAAAGAAGAAAAAAUCAAAUAAAAACAAAGCAGAAAAUAAACAAAAGAAAAAUAAAUCCAGAAAGAAAUCAAACAAAAGAAAGGGACAUUCUUUGAGCUGCUUUAUGGGUGGCUAAUUUUGGUUCAUGACGUUUGCUGCAAUAUUUCUAGAAAGAUUGUCUCUGGUCCUCUCUCAAAAAAAACUUCAGUGGCAGUCAAAUGUUCAGGUAAAUGUGCUUAGGCAUAGCUUGUCAUUGCUGAACUAAAAAUAUUCCCCAAAAUUCAUAAUUUUCAGAUUACCAGUACAGUAGAACUGCCAGUACAGCACUUGUCAUGUUCAGAAAGGUGUCUAAGGUACAGUACACAUUGCUUCCUUUCUGGGUAACUCUAUGGCUGAACCACCUUCUUUUUCAUGUGGAGGAAAUAUACCAUAUUACAGUAGAGCCCCGCUCAUCCGAGUUAAACGGGCGGGCGCAAUCUCGGAUACCAGAAAUCUCGGAUAAUAGGGGGCACCUAUUAUCCAAGCGCAGGGAAGGUGCCUCGAGGGAGGGAGGCAGGCUCUGGAGAAAUUUCUAAUGCUGUAUUUCUUCUCCCCACGCCUUCCUUUUCACCUUUGAGGAGCUUAGAGGCUCCCACCAGCUCCAUUAAAACUUCCUCUGGAGCCUGCCUUCCUCCCUUGAGGCAUCUUCCCUGUGGCCCUGGCAAGCCCCCAUGCCUCAGAUGAUACAGACGCUCGGAUAAGCGGGGCACUGAUAAGCAGGGCUCUACUGUACCAGUGCUUAAAACACUAUACAAAAGAUGGUGCAUUUUAGGGUGAGAAUUGAAAAAAUAUAUUGGUAAAUGUUUCAAAGAAAACAGAAACAAAACGGGACAAAAUGUUACCAUGAUCUUGAGCUGCCUCUCAAGCUGUUUUAGUGAAGCAUAGUCAACUAUUAGGCUACUAGAAUAUCUUGAAUUAGUUGUGAAAAAGCUGUUUCUAAUUAAAUGUUGCCUUGCUUUCAGCUGGAAAGGAUUUAUCCCCCUUCCCAGAAUGUGCCAGGCUACAAUCUCUUCCAAUAAAAGCAAGCUAUACACACACACACACACAAAAGGGCUAGUACACCGCUAUAAUUAUAGAAAGCUGUAGCCUGAAAUACUGUGCUAGUCUAUGUGUGCACAAUCUCUCUGAAAUUCAUACUCUAUCCACAUGUAACUGCAAAGAGUGCAGCCAUAUAAUGAUAUUCACCAAGCACUGCUACUCUGUUCAUUCCAGCAUCCAGAAGGGGAACUGAACAGCUGUAAUACCUGUAAUAUGUAACAGCAGGGACAACCUUGCUAUAGGCAGAAUCAGCCAUAUUAAUGGGAUCCCUGAACCCCUACAUUAGUAUGAUGCUUUCACAUACUGCAAAGGUCAUUCCAUUGCCAGUACUGAAAGAUUGAACAGCCAUACAGAGAGUAGCUUGAGAUUUCUAUGUUUUCCAGACCCACGGGUCUCUGUUUUUUCCUAGGCCUCUUCCACACAGCUGAAUAAAAUCCCACAUUUUCUGCUUUAAACUGGCAGUGUGGCCGCAGAUCACCCACUUCAAAGCAGAUAUUAUGAGAUUUUCUGCCUUGAUAUUCUGGGUUAUAUGACUGUGUGGAAGGGCCCCGAGUUGUGUCUGCCUGCCUAGUUGUUUAGGCAGAAUCUCAUUUUCAUUAACAUGAAAAAGGAGAGAUUCUAGGUGAAUGUGAAAGUCUUUGUAUCCUAACAUAGAGUUGGUAAACUAUGAAAUAUUCAGUGGACAAUUUUCUGCCUAUGGCCUCCAGGAGCCAUACAAAUUGCCCAAAUGCCUCCCAUCAGAUGAAGCUUGAAGUCAGCUUUGACUUUUUUGUGUUGAACUGUGCUAUGUCUAGUUUAAAAGAGAAUUUUUGUUUAAAAAGUGAAUUCCAAGAGAAACUAUUUUUAUCCAGAAAAAAGGAGGUGAGUCAAGAGUUGCAAAAAAAUUCCUGGGGGUUCUUGUAGCCUCAGGGAUACACUUGGUCCACUCUUCCACUAAAAGGUAGAGGUUAAGAAAAGAACAUACAUAAAGGAAAUCUGUUGACUUAACAAAACAGGAGUGUUAUCAGGCCAAAGACAAAAAUCCAAUGAACCAGGCAUGUAGCCUAGUCCCAUUGUUGCCUCUGGUCAGGUCCUAGGAGCACAAAACAUUCUGCUGUGAAUCCAGUUAGUUUGCCUGUGUAAGAAGGGGGCAUUUUGUCCUUAAUCUCAGGCCUCUUCUACACUGCCAUAUAAUCCAGAUUAUAAAAGUAGAUAAUCCAAAGUAGAUGCUUUGAACUGGAUUAUCCGAAUCUAUACUGCCAUAUAAUCCAGUUCAAAACAGAUAAUUUGGAUUUUGUAUGGCAGUGCAGAAGGGGUCUCAGUAAAACAACAGUUUGCCAUUUUGGCGGCUGCUGCUGCAGGACCAUUACAUGGCAAGGAGGGGAUUGGGCCCAUUCCCAAUACUUCUUAAUUCACAUAUAGCAUCAAUAUCUAUUGAAUUCCGUUGAGUACUCCUCAUUUUGAAGACAUUUGAGCAAUGGAUGCCCAACUGAAGAAGACACUAAUUACAGAGAGUAGGAGGUCAUCUUGUAUAAACAUAUGUUGUAAUUUAUUUUAAGUCAUAGAAUGCCAAGAAUGUUUUAUUCCUGUGGCUUCUGUUCGUUAGUCCAUUGUUAUGGCAAAAAGAAUGGUGUUUUAUGUAGCUAUCUCAAAGUACUGUAAAAUCCAAACAAGAACUGUAAAAGGAAGAAUUAUUCUCUCCCACUAUGUGUUUGCCUCCAAAGUGAUUAUUUGGUUCUAUAGUCACUCAGGUUUUAUUACAGAAGAAAAUUCAUGUAUGUUUAAGAAACAGGGAGAAGAGUCAAACAUAGAGAACUCUACGCUAAACAUUUUAUUUAUAUAUCUAAUAAAAUAGUUUAUUUUUAUGGCAAUAA